CUCGCUUGCCAAUAAAGGCUUUGUGCCCUACGUUUUUCCAGUCUCUGACUCAUGCUUUUCCUGUUUUUGCACUUCCAGUGGGAACAGGUCUCCUACAGUUUAUUUUGUAAUGGUUAUUAGCUGAUAUAAGUUGAGGGGAAAUACGAUAAAAUGGUGCGUAAAACUGGUCAAACAGUGAGAGUUUCUUCCCAACACAGUGUGCACAUCAAAAGGGAGAAGCCAGAGCUUCCUGUCAUCUCAGAUGAAGACCUAGUUUUGUUUUCUGUGCGAGAAUUGAACGCUAAUCUAAAAGGCCUGCCAAAAGAGGAGGUCCUACGACUUAAACAACGCAGACGCACACUGAAGAACCGUGGAUAUGCUGCUAGCUGUCGGGAGAAGAGGGUUUCACAAAAAGAAGUCCUAGAAAACGAAAAACAAAAGUUACAGUCUGAUAUUCACAUGUUGUCGCAGGAAAACAGCUUGCAGAAAGUUCAACUUGUGGAGCUGAAAAGAAAAUAUGAUGCGCUUUUGAAUUUUGCAACAACAAUCGAUUCAGAUAAAGUGAAAAUUAUUACUUCACAGCCAAAGAUGAUGGCAAAAGAAAUAAAAGUUCAGGCUCCUCCGUCACCCCCGUUGUCUUCUCCUGCACAGGAUGAACCAUCAACGAGUGGAUCACAACUUUAGCUGAAUGAAAUGAUUGAGAAGCACAGUAAAUGUUUUCUUGGUAAUUUAGACUAGGUGAGCUGUUGCUAUGAAGUAGUAGAACUUUUUCCGCACAAUAUAAAUAGUCUAUAAUGUUCUAUGUGAGCGAAAACACUGGGUGAACAUUGAUUUCCCUAUCAACAUUGUUACUGGAUUAUAAAGAAGAAUAUGCAACUUCCAGACCAUGCAUGACUCAAAGAUGGAACACACACACACACACAUACUUGUAUUGCUAUAUGUUCUGAGGACUUCAUUGGAUUAACUUUUAAUAUAGUUGAAUUAACUUUUAAUAUUGUUGCAAUACAAACUCAAUUAAAAUGAGUUCCUAUAUUAGGGUUGCGUUUUAAUUGGAGUUUAAUUAAACUCAAUUACAAUGCAAUUCAACACAGAAUUGCGUUUUAAUUAAGUUGAAUUAAAUAAAGUUGAAUAUCCCGUGACUGAACAUAGAAAUGUUUGUGAAGCUGAGGUUUAGUAAAGGGGGAAUAUAAUAUAAUAUUAUAUUAAUAUUAAUAUUAAUAUAAACUGUACCAUAGCUCCCUCUUUUACUAAACCUAAGCUACGCAAAAUAUAUUAAUAAUUAAUAGUAAUGCAAGUACACACACACACACACACACACACACACACACACACACACACACACACAAAAUAUUCAUUCUCUAUUGGUCUUUCUUGCAAAAGUACUUUGACCUGGGCAGAAUAUUCUGGUCCACACUCAUUGAUCAUUGGUGAUCAUGGUAUUAAAAGCAGGUUGACUAUUUCAGGCAAGGCCAAUAACAGUUGAGAUCAGAACAAUUCUGACCUGUGCUGGAUGUGAUAAGUGUGUUUGAUACAAAAAUUGAAACUGACAAUCCGAGUCUUAACUGUGGUUUUUUUUUUACCACAGUUGGAAGUACUCUUUAUUAAAAAAAAACACACAAUUUUUUUCAAUAUUUAUUGAAAACUAUCUUUUAUAUAAAGAUAAAACUUAAACUGACUUUAUAAUCUAUUAUCAUCUCCCCAAUGCAGCAAAAAUUGUUAUUUUUUAAAAAUGAAUAUUUUUAUAUUGUGCAUAACUUUCAAUCCUCUCCAACCCUCAGCCAUAAAAUUGUGUAAUUUUAAUUAAUUUUAUUUUUGAUCUACAUGCCUGCCAUAGAGGACGCUGUCACUCAUCUGUGCCUACUAAUUUUUUAAUUGAGCUAGUUAUGAGUCUCUGAGACAAUAUAAAC